UUUAAUUUUUUUUUGAAAGACAAAAAGCCUGGACUGAGAAAGCUUAUUUUAGCCAUAUAUUCUUACCAGGCUUCCACACCCACCCUGGAGGGAGAGCAGCGGCAUUAUUAGUCUUCCCCAAGUAAACGCGGAUCUCAGAGAGAGAGAAGAAUGGCAGAGUCGAAGAUGGUGCACUCUCCGAUAGUUACAUACGUAUCUGUGCUCUCGCUUCUCACUCUCUGCCCCCCCUUUGUGAUUCUUUUAUGGUAUACGAUGGUCCAUGCCGACGGGUCUCUAUCUGAGACUCUGGGUUACUUAAGAUUGCAUGGCUUGCAGGGAUUGAUUAACAUUUGGCCAAAACCCACUGCAAUUGCAUGGAAAAUAAUUGCAUCUUAUGCAGCAUUUGAGGCUCUACUCCAAAUCUUUCUACCUGGAAAAAGGGUCGAAGGGCCAAUAUCUCCUGCUGGAAACAAGCCUGUCUAUAAGGCAAAUGGUGUGGCAGCAUAUGCAGUGACAUUGAUUACUUACCUCAGCCUUUGGUGGUUUGGGAUUUUCAACCCCGCAAUUGUUUAUGACCAUUUGGGAGAGAUAUAUUCAGCACUUAUUUUUGGAAGCUUCAUCUUUUGUAUAUUCUUGUAUAUUAAAGGUCAUGUGGCACCAUCUUCCACUGAUUCGGGUUCCUGUGGAAACAUAAUAAUUGAUUUCUAUUGGGGUAUGGAGCUUUAUCCUCGUAUUGGCAAGAACUUUGAUAUAAAGGUUUUCACAAACUGCAGAUUUGGGAUGAUGUCCUGGGCAGUUCUUGCUGUCACAUAUUGCAUAAAACAGUAUGAAGCGAAUGGGAGUGUGGCUGAUUCCAUGCUCGUAAGUACAAUAUUGAUGCUAGUGUAUGUUUCAAAGUUCUUUUGGUGGGAGGAUGGAUAUUGGAACACAAUGGACAUCGCACAUGAUAGAGCUGGCUUUUAUAUAUGCUGGGGAUGCUUGGUGUGGGUCCCCUCUGUCUAUACUUCUCCUGGAAUGUACCUAGUGAAUCAUCCUGUGAACCUUGGAGCUCAGCUUGCUGUCUAUAUUUUGAUAGCAGGGAUUCUAUGCACCUACAUCAACUACGAUUGUGACAGGCAAAGGAAAGAAUUCCGUCGAACAAAUGGCAAGUGCUUAGUAUGGGGAAAAGCUCCUUCAAAGAUUCAGGCGGCGUACACAACAACUACUGGUGAGACAAAAACCAGCCUUCUCCUGACCUCGGGAUGGUGGGGCCUAUCCCGUCAUUUCCAUUAUGUACCAGAAAUAUUAGCAGCUUUCUUGUGGACCUUGCCAGCUCUUUUCAACCAUUUUCUUCCUUACUUCUACGUGGUGUUUCUUACCAUCCUUCUUUUUGACCGAGCAAAAAGAGAUGAUGAUAGAUGUCGCUCAAAGUAUGGAAAAUAUUGGAAACUAUACUGCGAGAAGGUCCCCUACAGAAUUGUACCUGGAAUAUACUGAGAGGUGUCGUGUGGAGUUGAGCCCAACAUCAGCUCGACUAUGCUUGGUAUGUAGGGGAUUGUACCUUGAAUAUACUUGAGGGAUGUCGUGUUUGGUUGAGCCCAACAUCAGCUAGACUAUGCUCGGUGGAUGAUACGAACGACCCUCAAACCUACAAAUGUGAUUUUUGUAGGGCUUUCCCUUUGAACUAAUCGGAAUUUUUGCAGUUUUUAUUUACUGGUUUGUGGAUUUUCACCGUGAAGUUACCAUUGUGACAUGGGGUUCCAAUUAGCAACCGAACCUUUGUUGUAAUCAUUAGCCUGAUAUGCCUCUAGUAUUUGCUGACUUAGCUACUUGUGUGAUAGUAUUUCAAUGGUAAUUGGCCUGUAUUCAAGUUCAAGUUUAGAGUUUGUAACAACUUUAAAAUAUCGGAUAUGGGGUUCCAAUUAGCAACCGAACCGUUGUUGUAA